CUAGUACCGACCGCGCACUAGCGCGUAGCCGGAGCUGUCACCGCCGCCUCCGUCUCUGCCCCGCGGAGAAGAUGACCAUCGGGAGGGCUGCAGGAGCCCUCAGUGUAGGCGCUCAGUGGAGCCGUCAGGUGUUUCCCCCCAAAUCCUCCUCGGACUCGGAGACAGAAGAGGAGCUUUCUGGGGAUGGACUGGUUUUGCCCAGGGCUGGCAAACUGGAUGACUUCCUCAGCCCAGAGGACUUGACGCUUUCGGAUUCCGACUCAACUGGGAGCUUUUCCGAGACCCUGGAGGUACUAAAGCAGAAAGGCAGGUGGUGCCUGUUGGAAUCCCUUUUUCAGUCUGACCCAGACAGUGGUGAGAACUUCUCCGAAGAUGAGGAGGACCUGGAGAGUUUCUUCCAAGACAAAGGCAGGGGGAAGCCACAUGUCCAGGACCCACUGUCUCCGAGGUGCAGCUCCACGAGGCGCUGCAGCUCCCUGAGCAGCCUUCCCUCCGACGAUCCCAAGAGUCAGCCCCAGCCACCCCCAGGCUCCAGGCCCCCCUCGCAGCACAGAAGCAUCAGCUCCUGGGUGUCUUCCAUCACGGUCCCCCGGCCGUUCCGCAUGACACUGCGUGAGGCCCAGAAGAAGGCCCAGUGGCUGGCCUCCCCUGCGUCCUUUGAGCGGGAGAGGAAGCAGGCCCAGCGGCAGGGGCAGGAGGAGGCCGAGUGCCACCGGCAGUUCCGGGCGCAGCCGGUGCCUGCGCACGUCUACCUGCCCCUCUACCAGGAGAUCACGGAGCACAACGAGGCCCGCAGGCAGGCAGGGAUCCAGAAGAGGAAGGAACUGCUCCUCUCCUCCUUGAAGCCCUUCAACUUCCUAGUGAAGGAGGAGCAGAGAAAGGAAGCCGCUAAACAGAGGGAGCCGGCCGCCACAGCCAAGGCCAAGGUCCCCAAGCAGAAGGCCACCAGAAGGAUUCCCAAGUCUAUUCUGGAGCCAGCCCUCGGGGACAAACUCCAAGAAGCAGAGCUCUUCAGGAAAAUUCGCAUCCAGAUGAGAGCCCUAGACAUGCUCCAGAAGGCCGCCUCCCCUAUCGCCCCCUCCGGCGGCCGGGCGAGCCCACAGCUGCGCGCAGCUACCCGAACCCAGAAGGAAAAGCUUGCGUUUCUGCACACGGACUUUGGAUUCCAGCCUCGUGUGAAUCCCGCCGUCCCUGACUACGAAGGCCUUUACAAGACCUUCCAGAGAAGAGCUGCCAAGAGAAGGGACACCAGAGAGGGGACUCGCAACAAGCCCUUCUUGCUGAGGACCGGCAGCCUGCGUCGCACUCCGCGGUCCUGUGAUGCCACCACAUCUGGAGGGAGAAGGGACUCCCUGCAGCCACCAGCCACACCCCUGCCAAGGAGCCGUUCUCUGAGUGGCCUUGCUUCCCUCUCUGCCAACACCCUCCCUGUGCACAUCACAGAUGCCACCAGGAAGAGGGAAUCUGCGGUCAGAAGUUCACUUGAAAAAAAGGACAAAGCAGAUGAGAGUACUCAGUGGUUGGAGAUGCACAAAAAGAAGUGUCAAGCGAUGUCUAAAUCCGUGACCUUGCGUGCCAAAGCCAUGGAUCCCCAUCAAAGCCUGGAGGAAGUGUUCAAAGCAAAGCUGAAAGAGAAUCGGAACAAUGACCGUAAAAGAGCAAAAGAGUAUAAGAAAGAAUUGGAAGAAAUGAAGAAGAGAAUACAGACAAGGCCCUACCUCUUUGAACAAGUUAGCAAGGACCUUGCCAGAAAAGCUGCAGAACAACGGUAUCGAGACACCCUGAAGCAGGCUGGGCUCGAUGAAGACUUUGUGAGGAGCAAGGGUCAGGGCAGCCGGGAUGAACAGCGGCGGGGGCAGUCAGAAAGCAGUGAUUGUCCCAGCACCCAUGAAACUACAAAACUCAGCACCAGAAAUCCACAGCAGGAUUUAGAAGAAUCUCUACAAGAGCCUACAAGCCCCAAGAAAGAACUGGAAGAGCUGUCUUACGAACUACUAGAUAAUUGCAAAUCACUUGCUUAAUCAGUAACACUUAAAAUUACUGCUUUUCAAUAUUAACCAGCUAACUUGGGGGUUGAGUCAAGGCAGGCAAAACUUGGCUUCUGAGUCAAUGGCUACUCUUGGAGGAUGGGGAAAAGAGAAAGAACAGGGGGGAAAAGCAGGUAACAAACAGGGAAUGAAUGGUUUAAGUAAAUCAAAGUAAAAAACCUCAGGGCAGAGGACCAGAGCUGAGUUAAGCAUUCUUGAUUUGUGCCUCCUACUUUAAAAAAAGGGCACAAGCCCAAAUGCCUACAAGGGGCUAGUUAGGAAACCAAUGGAUCACAUGCGCUGGGUAUGAGAUAGUAGGAGUCAGUAGAGACCAGAGUCUCUGCUAGAACACAGGCCCAGAAUUGCCAGAUCAACCCAGUUUCAACAGAAGCCAGAAAUUUGCAUGUUGACAACUAAUUUAAAAAUUACUUAGAAAUAUUGCGUGGGAGUAACAAAACACCUGCAGGAUGACACGCUUGCAACUUUUGCUACAGGGUCUCUCAACCUCAGUACUAUUGGCAUUUUGCGCCAGAGGAGUCUGUGUUGGGCGUUGGGCGGUGGGAGAGGGCGCUGUCCUUACACUGUAGAAUGUUUAGCAGCAUCCUGGGCUCCUACUCACAAGAUGCCAGUAACUCCCUCUCCCCUAGUUGUGACGAACAAAAAUGUCUAGUCUAGAUAUUGCCACAUGUGGGGGCAGGCAAAAAUAUUCCCAGUUAAGAACCAUGCUAUAGUAUAAAAGUAAGGCUACAGGAAGUAAAAGCUGGUAAUUUAAGAAUACAGGAAAUUGACAUGAACUCAAUCUACGUAACAAAGGAUGAUUAUGCAUGUCAUUAACAAAUUAAGAACUAUAUUUAUUACAGCAGUUAAUUCUGUCCUGUUAUUUGCUUAGAAUAUGCCACUGUGUGCAUGGUAUAUAAGUGUCAGCAUGAGGUUCAGUUUAAAUAAAUGUGAAAAUUCUCUGA